AGAAGAAGAAGUUAUUAAAAUUAUUGAAAAUGGCAUUAUUUUUAAAACGAUUUUGUUCGCAAUUUAAAAAUCUUCAACUAAAUACAUCAAAUACGUUACUAAGAAAUAUUCAAGCAAUAUCCUUAAUUCCUUCAAUUCAAAAUUACUCAAAUACACCCACCCCUUUCGAAGUAGUAGACACAGAAGAGGACAAUAAAGCAAAGAAUCAAAUUUUAAACAAAGUCAACAGUCUUGUAGCCGACAAAACUCAUGGAAGACUCUUUGCAGUUGUUCAUGUUACAGGAAAACAGUUCAAGAUAACUGACGGGGACGUAAUUGUAAUAGAAGGAUAUUGGCCACCAGAUGUAGGAGAUAAAAUAACACUAGACAAAGUUUUAAUGGCAGGAUCAGCAGAUUUUACUCUAAUAGGACGACCUAUUGUAGAAAAAGGUUUAGUUCGUGUUCAGGCGACAGUAAUUGAAAAAACUUUGUCUCACACUAAAACACAUUUUAGAAAAAAGAGAAGGAAACAGUAUAUGAGAAUUAAUUUCUACAGAGUUCCACAAACCUACUUAAGAAUUAAUGAAAUUAGUUUUCAAGACGAAAUUAAUAAUCCCAAAGAAGUUAGAGGCUUGGAAACAGCAAUAUUCUCUUAGGUAUAAAUUAAAUUGAAAUGUUUCUUGAUUAUAAAUAAAAAUUUGUACAUAUCGACUUAUUCAUUAGAACUACAUUUAACCCA